AUGGGGAGACGAAAGAUUGAGAUCCAGCCCAUCACGCACGAACGGAACCGUUCUGUCACCUUUUUAAAGCGCAAGAACGGGCUCUUCAAGAAGGCCUACGAGCUCGGCGUCCUCUGCUCCGUCGACGUCGCCGUCAUCAUCUUCGAGGAACGACCAGGCCACCAUGCAAAGCUCUAUCAGUACUGCUCGACGGACGUCAACGGCAUGGUCCAGCGUCAUCUCCGCUUCGACGGCGAGCGGGACACGAAGGGCCCGGCUGAUUUCAACAGUAACAACAAGGUCGCCGAGGAGGCAGACGAAGACGAGGACGCCGAUGACGACGAGGCGUCCCAGAAGCGCCGAGACAGCACGUCGUCGAAAGCACCUUCCAAGGGGAAGUCAGAAAACGGUUCCAACAGCAUCGUCCCAAUACGCCCGGGACCUCCUUCAUCCCAUGACGUCUCGGCAAGCCCAGAAGUGAGUGGUGGCUGUCUGCGCUCUGCUCUUCGGCGAAUGCUGAAGUACGUCGUCCCGGCCGGUGCACGAAAAAACUAG